CAAAGGGCAGCAUCUUAACAGUGUGACUAGCUGUUGAACAAUGGCAGGAUGUUGGUGUGCUGUUCAGUUUCUGGUACUUUGGGUUUGUGCUUUCUGUCAUGCUGUUCCACAGUUGAGUAAUCUGCCCCAGAAUCCUCAAGCUCUGAUGUUCCAGCAAACUGAUCAGCGGUUUCAACAGCCAGCUCAACAACAAGCUAGUCAACAGUUUUCUCAACGGUUUCAACAGACAGUUCAACAACAAGCUAGUCAGUUUCCUCAGCAGUUUCAGCCUAAGCAGCCAGUGGCGCAGGCAGAGCCCCUUGACAAAUGUGCUGUAGCUGAUUAUGAGCAGAUCCAAUGUGGACCACCUGGUAUCAGUGGUGCUGAGUGUGAAGCUAUCAACUGCUGCUUUAACGGACAGCAGUGUUACUAUGGGAAGGCAGUGACUGUCCAGUGUAUAAGAGAUGGUCAGUUUGUGGUAGUGGUGGCAAGAGAUGUUACUCUGCCUCGAUUGAGCCUGGAUUCAGUCCGUCUCCUUGGUGGAAAUGAUCCACCUUGCAGUCCUGUGGGAUCCACACCUUCCUUUGCUAUAUACCAGUUCCCUGUCACUGCAUGUGGUACGAGCAUGAUGGAGGACGGUGGAUAUGUGGUGUAUGAAAACAGGAUGAUCUCCUCGUAUGAAGUGGGGAUUGGACCACUUGGUUCCAUCACAAGGGACAGCUAUUUUGAGCUUCUCUUCCAGUGUAGGUACUCUGGUACUUCUGUGGAAGCUCUGGUUCUGGAGGUCAACACUGUUCCUCCACCUCCACCAGUAGCUGCUCCUGGACCCCUCAGGGUGGAGCUUAGACUGGCAAAUGGUCAAUGUGUCACCAAAGGCUGUGCAGAAGGGGAUGAGGCAUACACAUCCUACUACAGUGAUUCUGAUUAUCCAGUCACGAAAGUUCUGCGGGAGCCUGUGUAUGUUGAGGUGCGCAUUUUGGAGAGGACUGACCCCAACAUUGUCCUGAUGCUGGGACGCUGCUGGGCGACAACAGCCCCCAGUCCACUCAGUCUACCCCAGUGGGACCUUCUGGUUGAUGGAUGCCCUUACCAGGAUGACCGUUACCUGACCACAUUGAUUCCAGUGGCUGGAUCAUCUGGUCUUCAAUUCCCAACCCACUACAAGCGCUUCGUUGUGAAGAUGUUCACAUUUGUGGAUCCGACAUCACUGGCUCCUCUGCAGGAAACUAUCUUCAUCCACUGUAGUACAGCGGUGUGCCAUCCCUCUUCUGGCUCAUGUGAGCAAAGCUGCACUAGGAAAAGAAGAGACGUUGACUUAAAGACCAUCUUUAGUGGACAAACUGUGGUUUCUAGUGGAGAAGUUAACCUGGUCAUGUGAACUUAGUGUUUUUUAAUAAAGUGCAUGAAACGCAA